ACCUCCUCCGCGGCGGCUGCGGUCAGAGGCAUGUUCCCCACUCGGGAAGAGGCCGAGCGGACGGUGUUCGUGGGGAACCUGGAGGCCCGGGUGCGGGAAGAGAUUCUUUACGAGCUAUUCCUGCAGGCUGGACCAUUAACCAAAGUGACCAUAUGCAAAGACAGAGAUGGGAAUCCCAAGACUUUUGGAUUUGUCUGUUUUAAACACCCAGAAUCCGUGGCUUACGCCAUAGCUUUGCUGAAUGGAAUCCGUUUAUAUGGAAAGCCAAUUAAUGUGCAGUAUCGAUUUGGAAGUUCUCGAUCUUCUGAACCUGCUAGCCAAAGUUUUGAGAAUUGUGUAAAGAUCAAUUCAUACAGCUACAGCAACGAAGAUGUCACAGGCAGAUCCUCAUUCCCUGCACAGUUCUUUCCAGUGAACAACGCAGCUUUACCUCAAGAUUAUUUUUCUUUUCAGAAGAUGCCACUGCACACCUAUACCCCAGGGCUGCAACAUCCUUACUGUGAGAUGCCAGUACCACUUCCUAAUAGCACAUCUUUGUCAUCUUUGUCUUUCUCCCUGAAUUAUGAGCUAGAGGUUGGACCCAGUUCUUACGAAUGGACUUACCCACAACCAAGUGACUCUGGCUUGUAUCAGUUGAAUGAACGAAAGAGGCAGAGGCAAACCAGUGAUAGUGAUACCAGUGCAGAAAAUAACAAAGGAAAUGAAUAUAGCCAGAAGUUCCAAAAAUCUAAGAAGAAGAAGAGAUAUUAAUUUUACAUGAGAAUGAAAUUUAUUGACAUUUAUUUUAAAUGGACAUAUCUGUAGUC